CAUGUACCAUCCCGAUUCUCUUGUGAUUAACCCCUGGACACCGAAUCAAAGAAGAAACCACCUUGAUGGCUACGUUGGCGGCGGUUGCAGCUCGUAGAAUAGCUACUGUAUCUAGUACACCGGCUCCCUCUCAAGCCGCUUCUCUCAUUCCUCGCCGUGGUCUCGCCGGCGGUGCAGAUCACCAUGGACCCCCAAAAGUUAACUGUUGGCAAGAACCAAUGAACCCAGCUAAAUGGAAGGAAGAACAUUUUGUUAUCGUCUCUGUAACUGGUUGGGGUCUGCUUUUCUAUGGUGGAUACAAGUUCUUAACCAGAGGCAAAGGCAAGAAGGAAGAGAAUGCAGUGGAAACGGCACAGAAAUGAGGUUGGAGCUUUUAGUUUUUACAAGAUUCCCUGUAAUAAUGUGUGCCUGGAACUUUGAUGUCCUUAGGGUAUUGUUUUCAAUGUAGUUGACAAGGUAUUAUGUUUUCCCGUUAAUAAUUUCUCUUUCCCCAAGGGAGUGAUGAAUGAGCAAAUUGGAGGAUGAUAUCAGCUAACCCACUGCCUUGUUUGUUGUUUAGUUCUGUUGAUAAUGGGAAGCAACAGUUUGAGGAUUCAGAAUCUGUUGAUUGAUUUGGAAAGUAGUGAACUAUGCUUUUUGAAUUGAACUUUCUAUUGAAUUUCA